AUGGCUCCAGAUAAAUCUCACAUCCCGGACACCGCGUCCAUUUCCCAGUCACACGUGGAAGACAAGUCGCCAUACAUGCAUCCCGACGAACACCUCAAGAAGCGGUUCUCCCUCCUUUCGGUCAUCGCAUUCGGCUUCACUACCAUGAACUCAUGGGUAGCAUUCGCCUCUGGUGUCGCCGUCCCGCUUUCAUGCGGUGGUGGCCCAGGCCUCAUCUACGGCCUCAUUGCUGCCGCAGUGGUUAUGGUCGUCAUCAACAUUGGCUUCGCAGAGCUUGCUUCUGCAUUCCCAUCUGCUGGUGGCCAAUAUCAUAUUGUCUACAUGACUUUUCCGCCGUCUACACGUCGAGUCGCCGCGUUCUUUACGGGAUGGACUUCUGUGAUUUAUAUCAUGGCGGCGACGGUGUCGUGCAAUCUCUUUGUCGCCGGCUCUAUCCUCGACGUCGUUAGUCUUUGGAACGAGGCCUACGAAAUACAGGCUUGGCAUACAUAUCUAUUGCAUAUUUUUCUCUGUAUCAUUGCCUUUGUUGUGACGUCUCGAUUCCCCGACGCUAUAGGCAAGCUGGGCGUGACCAUUCUAGUACUUUCUCUUGCUGGGUUCGUCGCCUCCCUGGUAACAUUGCUCGCUGUCAAGGAUGUCAAACAAAGCGCGGAUUUCGUUUUUAGAGACUAUCAGAAUGUCAGCGGAUGGCCAGAUGGAUGGGCCAUCUUCAUUGGCAUUACAGGCUGCUUAUGGGCAUAUUCUGGAGUUGACGCCGCUACCCACGUCUCUGAAGAAGUACCUAACCCGAGCCGAAAUGUCCCUAUUGCCAUCAUUACCACCAUGGUUUUGGGUGUCGUCACAGUCCUUGCAUGGAACGUUGCGCUCAUGUUUGUUAUUACGGAUCUUCAGGCCCUGAUCGAAUCCGGGGUUCCGAUUUUGGAGGUAUACAACCAAGCGCUGAACUCAAAAGUGGCUACAACCAUCUGGGCCGUGUAUUAUAUGGUCAUGUUCUACGAUAUCGUCCUCAACCUCUUCAUUUUCGCGGGGCGAACAAUUUGGUCUCUUUCCCGCGACGGCGGGGUGCCCUACUCCAGCUUCAUCUCUCGCCUCAGCUGGGCAAGUCCUGUUCGCGCCACCGCGGUCAUGCUGGUCUUGCAGAUCAUUAUCGGGGUCCUCUAUGUUGCAUCAUCUACGGCCUACAGCAGUUUCAUCAACCUCACCCUAUUUGCGCUCAACAUCACUGUUGCAUUACCUCAGGCUGCUCUCUUGUUCCGAGGCCGCGGCAUUCUUCCCGAGCGAGCCUUUUCUCUGGGCAAGUUUGGCUAUAUUACCAACGCAGUUGCCACCCUGUUUGUCAUUUUCUUCUCAGUCUGUUUCUGCUUUCCCGUGGGUUAUCCUGUCACAGCUAGCUCCAUGAACUAUCUGAUUGUAGUUAUGGCUGUUGGACUGGCAGUGACAACCCUUGCAUGGGUUGCCAACCUGCGGAAAACCUUUACUGGGCCUAGGUUGGACAACUACGAAGGCGAGUCCGUCCAUUGA